UGAGCCCACUGACCUAAGCCCUAUAUAUAGUCCUCCCCACCUCCAAGCGAAGUGACCGGGUAGCGGGAAUUCCGGACCAGAUUUGCAGCCAACUUCUGUCUUCCCACUCCCGGAGCGGAGGCUGCCGGCACCGGAUCUGCCCAGCGACUACUGACAAAUUCGGAACGCCUCUUUCCGAUUGGAGGAAAACUCCCCCCCUUCGGCCAAUCCGAGCUUUACCAAGGCUGCUUUUCCUAUCAAGGGCAUUCUUGCUCCAGGGUGGCGUCGCCUUUCUGCGCGUGGGCGCUCCGGUCGGUACUGAUCCUCAUCUCUGACCCCCUGAAGUGGAGCCCUGCUGGUUUCAGCCACUCCAAGAACAAGCAAGAUUUUUUUUUCUUCUUGGGAACCAGUCAAGAAAGAGUCCAGUGUAUUUCCACAAGACAGUGAGGGGACAUUUGGGAUCCAGAUAUCUGAUGAGCCUGCUUUGGGGGCCUCCUCUGUUCCUGGUAGUGACAGCUUCCCUGCUAGGGGAUUGCUCUGGUUCUACCUGGCACUCCCUUCGCUAUUUCAGUACAAUGAUAUGGGAGCCUGACCUGGGCCUGCCCCAGUUCAUUGGUGCGGGGUAUGUGGAUGACCAGCUUGUCGGUCACUACAGCCGCCGUCAGAGGAAGGUAGUGCCUCAGAUAUCCUGGGGGAAGGAAAUGGAGAAGGAGGAACCCCAAAUCUGGGAAUGGAUCAACCAUCGGAUCUGGAAUGACCAGCUGAGUAUGAAGGUAGAACUGAGAAGCCUGCAGAAACUCUACAAUCAGAGCACGGGGUUACACAUCUUGCAGCGAAUGACUUCCUGUGAACUAAGCAAUGAUGGGCGCAAAAGGGGAUUUUACCAGUUUGGUUAUAAUGGGAAGGACUACCUUAACUUCGACAAGGAGACCCUCACCUGGACAGCAGCCACUGGACCGGCUCUGGUGACCAAGAUGGAAUGGGAUGCUGAGUUGGCAAAUAACCAGUGCAUGAAGGACUUUCUGGAGGAAAUAUGCAUCGGGUGGCUUCAGACAUUCCUGGAUUAUGGGAAGGCAUCACUGCUGAGGACAGAGCCCCCAAAAGUGAAGGUGGCACGCGAGGAAGACUAUGAUGGCCUAGAAACUCUAAUCUGUCAAGCCCACGGUUUCUACCCCAAGGAGAUUGAUGCCACCUGGUGGAAGGACGGGGAAAUCUGGGAGCAGGAGACCUUUCGUGGGGGAGUCGUUCCCAACUCAGAUGGAACCUUUCACACCUGGCUGAGUGUCAAGAUCCACCCCAAGGACAGGGAUCGAUACCAGUGCCACGUGGAGCAUGAUGCCCUCCUGGAGCCCUUGGACGUGACCUGGGAGGAGCCUGAGCUAUCCAAGGUGGUGCUCAUCGCAGCAAUUCUCAUGGUGGUUUUGACUGGUCUCUUUGUGCCUGUGAUCAUCUAUUUCUGGAGACGGCCAAGAAACUACCAGGCAGCCCACAGAGUUGCAAUACAUGAGUGACCCUCUUUGUCCUUGAAGUAUCCAUUGAUUACAGACCAGGAAAUAUUGCUACGUGAGAAGAGACCAGUGGCUAUCUACCUGUGGCUUCCCAUGAAGUAUCUCCUCACAGAUUCCAGUUAGUCUUCGAAAUUGUUUCCUAUGCUUCCUCAGUCUGCCUCUGGCC